CAGGUGUGAAAGUAAACGCCACAGCCAGUAUAAACGGUUUACUGGAAAGGUGCUUGGUCAAACCCCAGGACUUUCCAUAUUUCAGGAAGAUCAUGGCAGUGAAAGUGAAAUGGGUGACAGACAUUCACAAGUCAGUGCUUUGGAAUAACUUGGAAAAAAGAGGCUGGAUUGAGGUAUCUGAAAAUGAAGACUGGAAUUUUUAUUGGAUGAAUAUACAGACCAUCCGAAGUACCUUCGGUGCUGAAAAUGGUAUCCGUCUUUCAGAUAAUCAGAAAGUGAAUCAUUUUCCCAACCACUAUGAGUUGACCAGGAAGGACCUUAUGGUUAAGAACAUAAAGCGUUAUCGUAAAGAGCUUGAGAAGGAGGGAAAUCCUUUAGCAGAAAAAGAUGAAAAAGGCAGAUAUAUUAGCCUAGAUUUUGUCCCAGUUACCCUACUGCUGCCGGCAGACUAUAACAUGUUUGUUGAAGAAUUCAGGAAGUACCCAUCUAGCACCUGGAUUAUGAAACCUUGUGGAAAGGCUCAAGGAAGAGGAAUCUUUCUCAUCAACAAACUCUCCCAGAUCAAGAAGUGGUCACGAGAUGGCAAAAAUGCCAACUUUGUAGCCAGCACCACAAAGGAAAGCUACAUCAUCUCUCUCUACAUAGACAACCCCUUACUCAUUGGUGGGAAGAAGUUUGAUCUUCGACUGUAUGUGCUAGUCACCUCAUUUCGCCCUUUGAAGUGUUAUAUGUAUAAACUUGGAUUUUGCCGUUUCUGCACAGUCAAGUACACUGCAAGUACUAGUGAACUGGACAACAUAUUUGUGCAUCUUACAAAUGUAGCCAUUCAGAAACAUGGGGAUGAUUACAAUCCCAUUCAUGGUGAAAAGUGGACUGUGGCGAAUUUGCGACUCUACCUGGAGAGCACGCGUGGACAGAGGGUCACUGAUAAAGUGUUCGAUGAAAUUAGUUGGAUUAUUCUACAAUCACUCAAAGCUGUUGCUCCGCUGAUCAACAAUGACAAACACUGCUUUGAAUGUUAUGGCUAUGACAUAAUCAUUGAUGACAAGUUGAAGCCCUGGCUCAUUGAGGUUAAUGCUUCACCUUCAUUGUCAUCCAGCACAGCUAAUGACCGAGUAAUGAAGUACAAUCUUAUCAAUGAUACGUUGAAUAUUGUUGUGCCUUUCGGUGAAAUCCCAGAUUGCAAAUGCAACAGAAAUCCCCCCAAAGAGGCUUUCGGGAAUUAUGAGCUCCUUUAUGAUGAAGAGCUGGCAAUGAAUGAAGGAGCUGACAGAGACCUGAAGAAACGCUUGGGUCAGUUCUUUGGCUCAAAAGGUGGACGAACAAAGGAUUCUGGAAGACCCACCGCAACAACUUGGAAGUGAUUAAGAAAACUAAAGGAGGCGCUUCAAUGUUGGCAUUGAACUUAAAGCUACAGAUAUCUCUGAUAUCGAGAUAACAACUAUUCAAAAUCAGUGCCAAAACGUUAUUUAAUGGGUAGCUACUUCUUGAAUGCUUUAUACGUGUAAAUUAAAUGGCUAGUGUUAGAAUGUACAUCAUUCCCUUGAAAACUGUUAAGGUGAGAUACAUCAGGAAGUUCUGCAGUUGUACAGUUUACCUCUGGUGGCCGGUCCAUUAUAAACUAACCUCUGUAUAAAUCUGUUAAGUAAAUAUGGUGUUUGACUAUGUCCUAAUCGAUGUUCAAUAAUUAAGAAUAAAAAGAUUUAUUUCAUAGAUGGGAAAUCACAUCUAAUG